AUGGCCUCGCUCCAGGUCUCCGACGACCCCCAUGUCAAGCCCCUUCCGAGGCCUGAAAUGUCGGAAGAUCCGCCUCGCUUCAUCAUCAUCGGUGCCGGAGCCCGAGGAAUCGGCUAUGCUAGGUGUAUCGAUAUUGCCAGCAACGGUGUCGUUGCCGCCGUGGCUGAUCCCAACAAGUACAGGCGGGAGACGCUUGGGAAGCAUCACAUCUGGGGUGGCAACGGCCCGAGCGAAGGCCAGAUGUUCCUGGACUGGCGCGACUUCGUCGAAUACGAGCAGAAGCGGCGCCAGCGAGUUGCCAACGGAGAAAUCAAUGUCCCCGAGGGCGUUGACGGCGCCUUUGUCUGCGUCCAGGAUCAGAUGCACCGAGAGGUUGUCGUUGGCUUGGCCCCCCUGGGCCUUCACAUCAUGUGCGAGAAGCCGCUUGCACCAUCACUCGAAGACUGUCUCGACAUCUACAAGUCUCUCAAGCCUCAGCUGAAGAAUAAAAUCUUCUCCAUCGGCCACGUCCUGAGAUAUAGCCCUCACAACAUGAUGCUGAGGAAACUGCUUGUCGAGGAUAAAGUCAUUGGCGACAUCAACAGCGUCGUCCACACAGAGCCCGUUGGCUGGUGGCACUUUACACACUCGUACGUGCGAGGCAACUGGAGAAACUCGGCCACUUCAGGGCCAUCGCUGCUGACCAAGUGCUGCCACGAUGUCGACCUCAUCCUGUGGCUUCUCUGCUCUCCGGAAAAGGCUGGAGAGGGCGAGCCUCAUCUUCCCGACUUUGUCUCGUCCACUGGAGGAUUACAGUACUUCAGGAAGAGCCGCAAGCCUGCUGCCGCCGGAUCAGCCACCAACUGCAUGACUUGUCCCCUCGGUGACUCUGGUUGCAAGUAUUCCGCCAAGAAUGUAUAUCUGAGUGCCAACUGCGAGGGAGUUGGGACUGGCAACACUGACUGGCCCGUCACCACCGUCGUACACGACAUUGAAGACUAUAAAACCAUUGAAGAGCGCGAAAAGGUAAUCACCAAGGUCCUGGAGGACGACUGGGACGAGUCAACUCCCAAGGACGAAGUCAGCUCGCGCAAUUGGUUCGGCCGAUGCGUCUAUGAAGCAGACAACAACGUGUGCGACGACCAGUUUGUCACCAUUACGUGGCCCGAGUCCGUCAAGCCCGCCAAGCGCGUCACCAUCCAGAUGGUGGCUCAGACCAAGAAGCAGUGCUAUCGCUUCUCCUACUUCUACGGCGAGCAUGGCGAGAUUUACACUGAUUCUGAAAAGAUUGUCGUGGAGGACUUUGCCACGAAAAAGACGGCCGUCUACACGCCGCACAUGGAGCACAAGGGCCACGGCGGCGGCGACCUGGGCCUCACGAGGCAGUUUGUCCUGGCCUGCGAUCGUGUCAAGAACCACGGAUGGGAGGCUGAAAAGGCCCAAAACGAGUUUGUCGGCUGCACCGUGGAAGAAGUGAUUCGCAGCCACGCAAUGGUCUUUGCCGCGGAAGAGGCUCGUGUGAGUAAUACUGUUGUCAGCUGGCCCCAAUUCUGGGACAACGCCACCAAGGAGUAA